GUAAACGGAAGACAUCAAUUUGAUUUCAGCAAUCAAAGCAUCCAAGAAAAAUCCAUCGACAUGUUCAAAUACGUUGUUUUCGCCGCCCUGUUGGCCGUAGUCUUCGCCGCUCCUGAGCCUAAACCAGGUGUUCUGGCUGCUGCUCCUUUGGUUGGAGCCCCAUUGGCUUACACUUCACCGUUGGCUUACUCUGCUGCUUACACAAGUCCACUCAUCAACUCCGCAUACUCUGCUCCAUAUGUGGCAUCUCCUUAUGCUUACUCCGCUGGAUACGCUUCACCGUACGCUUACUCGGCUUACUCUCAUUACGCCGCUCCACUCGUCAAAUACUAUUAA